UUCAUUACCCGUCCCGUACCCGCUAAUAAACCCACCCGCUUCCUUUGUCCGGAUCCCGUGCCAAUGCCAUUGCCCCCUGUCAGAACCCCACAUGUAUCCGUACCCAUGUCCCAUCCAUGUCUGAAGUCUUUCCCGCCAGCAAGCCGCUGGGAGACGCGACCACGGGACUGGUGUCCACUGAAGCAACUACAGCUUUGCAGGCAAGCACCAAAGCAAUGCAAAGGUUGACUUGGUGGAGAGCUGUGGGAGUGUGCUUCUUCCUGCUGCUGCUAACGCUGUUUCUACUGCUGCUAUCCCAGACGGAAACAGCAGAAACGGACGGACGGGGUUUGAGAUGGAUACCUCGGCGGCCGUCAAGUUUACGUUGCUGCUACUGAUGCUGCGGGAGACUGGAGAAUGCGACAGUGUCGUCAUCAAUCGCAAACCCGCAGCUUCGCUUUCUCAGUCCAUUUCUUUCCUAGUGUGAGAACACUCUCAGCCCAGCAACCAG